UCAAUACUUGUAGGAACGCUAAAUUGAAAAACAAAGAGCAUGAAAGAGACACACGAUGAAACGAGCUCCGCCCCAAGAGCAGCAUCACCAGCUCCACCCCACUCAGCAUCAUUAUCAUUUAGUCAGACACCAAGACACCCACAUGCCACAACUUUAUCAAACACGCCGCCAGCGGUUUCUGCGCCAGUUUCGCAGUUUCUGGGGACACCGGACCGCCCUGUCACAGUGCCGGCUAGCGGUGCCCGAACGCCUAUUAGGUCUAGAAAUAUAACUCCCAAAUUCUUAACACCUUUAGCAAGCCCCCUUAGAAAGGCACUACACCUCACCAAGCUAGACCCACAUGAUGCCUGGCUGCCCAUCACACAAUCAAGAAAUGGAAACGCUUACUAUGCUGCCUUCCAUACACUUUGUUCUGGAAUUGGCAUUCAAGCACUUAUUCUUCCUUUCGCCUUCACUUUUCUUGGCUGGAUAUGGGGUAUAAUAUCGUUAAUUUUAGCGUUCAUAUGGCAACUCUACACUCUAUACUUGUUAGUGAACCUCCAUGAAUCAAUAGAAACUGGUGUCCGAUACAGCAGAUACAUGCAAUUGGCAAAUGCAGCCUUUGGUGAAAGAUUAGGCAACACCCUAGCCAAAGUACAAAUUAUGUAUCUCUCCCAAGGAACUUGCAUAGCACUAAUCAUCAUUGGUGGAUCUACCUCAAAAUUGUUCAUGCAAAUCGUGUGUCGUGAUUCAUCAUGCAAAGCGGAGACGUUGACGACAACAGAAUGGUACUUGGUGUUCACAUGUGGAGCAAUUCUCCUUUCUCAGUUGCCAAACUUGAACUCGAUUGCUGGGGUUUCAAUGGUUGGCGCAUUCACUGCUGUCGGGUAUUGUACACUUAUAUGGGUGGUAUCAGUGGCUAAAGGUAAAGUAUCGAACGUGUCUUAUGACACGAUUAAGGCUACAUCGGAAAUUUCUAGUGUUUUUAACAUUUUCAACGCCCUUGGUAUCGUUGGUUUCGCAUUUAGAGGACACAAUCUUAUACUUGAAAUACAGGCUACAAUGCCGUCGAGUGAGAAACAUCCAUCUCGAAUUCCAAUGUGGAAGGGUGUUAAAGCUUCGUAUAUUGUUAUAGCUAUGUGCUUGUUCCCCCUUGCAAUUAGUGGCUUUUGGGCUUAUGGCAAUCUAAUUCCUUCAAAUGGAAUGUUGGUGGCAUUGCUAAUGUUCCAUGCUACGGAUCUAGCCAAGUCUAUGCAAGGGCUAGUAAGCUUACUUGUUAUCAUCAAUAGCCUUACUUCAUUCCAAAUAUAUGGGAUGCCAAUAUUUGAUGAGAUGGAGUCAAUGUUUGUGAUAAGGUUCAAGAAGCCGUGCCCAUGGUGGCUCAGGGUGAUCAUGCGAGCUUUAUUUGGGUUCAUAUCAUUCUUUUUUGCAGUCGCAUUUCCUUUCAUGGGAGCGGUGGCUGGUUUGGUUGGAGGGAUUGCUUUGCCUGUCACACUAGCAUACCCAUGCUUCAUGUGGCUAAGGGUUAAAAAACCAAAACCUUAUAGUCUCUCCUGGUGCUUAAAUUGGGGACUAGGUGUUUUGGGAAUGGUACUAAGUCUUAUGGUGGUCAUCGGAGGGCUUUAUACAGUUUUUAGCACCGGUAUAAAAGUUCAGUUUUUUAAACCGCAGUUAAUGUAAUGGAUUUAUCAUUCGAAUUUAUUUUUAUGUUCAUUACGUUACAUUAUC